AUGGAGGCCGAGUUCAUGGCGGCAUCGGGGAUGGCGACAGAGCUACUGGGGGUCCGCGAGUUGUUUGGGGACCUGAAGAUCGAAUGCGUGAAACCGAUGACGCUGAGAUGUGACAAUCAGACUGCGCUCAAACACCUCGACGGCGAGAACUCCUCGGCUAAGGCGGAACAUAUUGACACGCGUGGUGACCAAAAGAACAACCUCCAACACACCGACCAUGCAGCAGGUUUAAACGGCCCCUUCACGAUUGCAAGCGUCCGCAGCGAGGGGAUCUUGGUGAUCGACGAAGGCAACUACACUGAGAAGAUCCACGUUGGCCGAAUCAAGCUAUUCCAGCAGGAGCAGUUUUGA